UUGAACACACACUUCUUUUAAGUCAGUAUACUUCUUUUUCAGGGUAGGGUUGCAGCAGAUAAAAACACCAUCUUCGUCUACCAUUUGCGCAGCCCUAAACCUGCGCACUCCUAAUCGUCUCCCACUCAUCUUUUCUUUCCUUCUCCUUCUGCGAAUUCUCGACAACAAUGGGGGCUUCGCUUCCUCCCAAGGAGGCCAAUCUCUUCAAGCUCAUCGUCAAAUCAUAUGAGACCAAGCAGUAUAAGAAGGGAUUGAAGGCUGCAGAUGCCAUAUUGAAAAAGUUUCCAGAUCAUGGAGAAACAUUGUCCAUGAAGGGAUUAACAUUGAACUGCAUGGACCGCAAAGCUGAGGCAUAUGAACUUGUCAGGCGUGGCCUAAAGAACGACCUUAAAAGUCAUGUUUGCUGGCACGUUUAUGGCCUACUGUAUCGAUCAGAUAGGGAGUACCGGGAGGCAAUCAAAUGCUAUAGAAAUGCUCUGAAGAUUGAUCCAGACAACAUUGAAAUUCUUAGAGAUCUGUCUCUAUUACAGGCUCAAAUGCGGGACUUGACUGGCUUCGUAGAAACAAGACAGCAACUACUUACCCUAAAGCCAAAUCAUCGUAUGAACUGGAUUGGCUUUUCUGUUUCCCAUCAUUUAAACUCAAAUGGUGCAAAAGCGAUUGAAAUCCUAGAAGCCUAUGAAGGGACCCUGGAGGAUGACUAUCCUCCGGAUAAUGAACGUUGUGAACAUGGCGAAAUGCUUUUAUACAAGAUAUCUUUAUUAGAGGAAUGUGGUUUUCUUGAAAGAGCUCUUGAGGAAUUGCACAAGAAAGAAUUUAAAAUUGUUGAUAAAUUAGCCUUCAAGGAACAGCAGGUCUCUUUGUUGGUGAAGCUUGGUCGCCUGGGGGAAGGAGAGAAAGUCUAUAGGGUUUUGCUAACGAUGAAUCCUGACAAUUACAGGUAUUAUGAAGGCCUGCAAAAAUGCAUGGGGUUAUACUCAGAAAGUGGCCAGUAUUCAUCCGAUGAUAUUGGUCGGUUGGAAGCCUUGUACAAAUCACUUGGGCAGCAAUAUACUUGGUCAUCUGCUGUUAAGAGAAUACCACUUGAUUUUCUGAAAGGUGAAAAAUUCCGGGAGGCAGCAGCUAAAUAUGUUAGGCCUCUCUUAACCAAGGGAGUUCCUUCGUUGUUCUCUGAUCUUAGUCCUUUGUAUGACCACCCUGGCAAGGCAGAUACUUUAGAGCAACUGAUUCUUGAGUUGGAAGAUUCAAUUGGAACAACUGGAGCAUAUCCGGGGAGGCAAGAGAAAGAGCCUCCGUCAACACUUAUGUGGACGCUAUUUUUAUUGGCUCAGCAUUAUGACAGACGUGGUCAAUAUGAUAUUGCUCUCACUAAAAUUGAUGAGGCCAUUAAUCAUACACCAACUGUGAUUGAUCUCUACUCAGUCAAGGGCAGGAUAUUGAAGCAUGCAGGUGACUUGCCUGCUGCUGCUGCUUUGGCAGAUGAAGCAAGAUCUAUGGAUCUUGCAGAUCGCUACAUAAAUAGUGAAUGUGUUAAGCGUAUGCUUCAGGCUGAUCAGGUUGGAUUAGCAGAGAAAACUGCUGUAUUGUUCACAAAGGAUGGAGAUCAGCACAAUAACCUCUAUGAUAUGCAGUGCAUGUGGUAUGAACUAGCUUCUGGUGAAAGUUACUAUCGUCAAAGUGAUCUGGGUCGGGCUUUGAAAAAAUUUUUGGCCGUGGAGAAGCAUUACGCAGAUAUGACUGAAGACCAGUUUGACUUCCAUUCUUAUUGCUUAAGAAAAAUGACUCUGCGUGCCUAUGUGGAGAUGCUAAAAUUUCAGGAUCGUUUGCAUUCACAUGCAUAUUUUCAUAAAGCAGCAGCUGGGGCUAUCAGAUGCUAUUUAAAGUUGUAUGAUUCUCCUCCAAAAUCAACAACCGAAGAAGAUGAUGAAAUGUCGAAGUUGCUUCCUUCUCAGAAAAGGAAGAUGAGACAAAAGCAGAAAAAAGCAGAAGCCCGUGCAAAGAAAGAGGCUGAAGAGAAGAAUGAAGAGGAAUCAAAUGCAACCGGUGUCUCUAAGAGUGGAAAACGGCAACAUGUCAAGCCAGUAGAUCCUGAUCCCAAUGGGGAGAAGUUGUUGCAGGUUGAAGAUCCAUUGUCAGAGACUACAAAAUAUUUGAAGCUACUUCAAAAGCAUUCGUCGGAGUCCUUGGAGACGCACUUACUUUCUUUUGAAGUGAACAUGAGAAAGCAGAAGAUUUUGCUUGCUUUUCAGGCUGUAAAGCAGCUUCUUAGGUUGGAUGCAGAUAACCCUGAUUCCCAUCGAUGCUUGAUAAGAUUCUUCCAUAAAGUGGGAGCAAUGGCAGCUCCAGCAUCUGAUUCGGAGAAACUAAUUUGGAGUGUCUUGGAAGCAGAGCGUCCUGAUCUCAGUCAAUUGCAUGGGAAAUCUCUGAUAGAAGCAAAUAGCCAUUUCUUUGAGAAACACAAAGAUUCAUUGAUGCAUAGAGCAGCAGCAGCAGAAAUGCUUUAUGUCUUGGAACCAGAAAAGAAGUCUAAGGCUAUUAAAAUUAUUGAAGAUUCAGCCAACAAUCCCAUGUCAACAAAUGGAACAUUGGGACCAGUGAAGGAAUGGAAGCUUAAAGAAUGUACUUCAGUUCACAAACUACUUGGAACAGUCUUGGUUGACCCUGACGCGGCAUCUAGAUGGAAAGCAUGGUGUGCUGAAUACUUCCCUUUCUCGACAUACUUCAAAGGCCCUCGCAGCUCAGUCGUCGCAAAAUCUGCCGACGACAGGAUAUGUAAAGUGCCUCAAAAUGGGGGCCCAGGCCAGCAGGAAGUUCUUGAAAGUGGGCCAACUCAUUCCCUAAAUGGAAAAUUAGAGGCUUUCAAAGACCUCACCAUUUAAACUCAUUCAGUCUUCUGCUAACCCAUCUGGAAGAGUCAUAGGAAAUUAAAAAGGUAUAUUGAAAGAGAAUCCCAAGAUAUCGAACCAUGCCAGGCUCGGAGAC